CUAAUCCGCCGACACUCGAUUUACCGACAAGCUUCGUUUAACCGACAUAUUGAUUGUACCGACACAGACUUCACCGACAAGCUCAGUUUAUCGACAAUACCAUUUACCGACAUUCUCAUUUUACCGACAAUACCAUUUACCGACAAGUUUAUUCUACCGACGAUACGAUACGCCGACAAUACAAUACACCGACAAUACAACUCACCGCAAAUAAAAGCACAGAUUACGAAUAUAAAAAAAAGUAUUCAGAAUUAUUCAUUCGAAAAACAAGAAAAGAGGGCAAUGUGA